AUGGAGUCAGGGCGAAAGUCCAGCCUGAUUUCCAGAGGCUGUCCCAGUGAUUCGAAGGCUGAUGCUGGUGUGCCUCAAAGCAGGACACAGACAGCUGCUCUUGCCCAGGCUGGUUUUGAGCACACAGCAGUUCCCUGUAGGGAAGUGGGAGCUCGGGUGGCCUCCCAGCCUUUUGGAGUGGCCUCUCGCCGUUCCCCAACAUCCACCAUCACACCGUGCCAUGGAGCCGCCUGCUUCCCCCAAGGCCCCAAGAAGGGGUUUUGCCCCAAGUCGCUGCAGGGGGUUGGUAGCAGGGUGCCCCUGGUUAUUUGCAGGGGAAGAUGCUGUUGUGGUGACAGCCUCGUGCCUCACCAGCUUGCCCCCUCAGAGCAGAGCAGAGAGACCUCGGCCAAGCUGGCCAAACUCCCCAGGAGGACAUUGGCACAGGUGGCUGCCAAAGGCCUACUCUGCCUCACGCAGCUCCUGCCUGCUGCACAUGCCAGGGGUGUGGGAUAUCCUAAGGGUGCGAGGGGGCGGCUCAGGGCAGCGCCUGGGGGCCGCUUCGAGCUGGAAGAAAAAGCCACGAGAUGGUGGCAGGGUGGCGGAGCAGUGGCAGGAAGGGGCCCAUGCUGGCGGCCUGCAGCAAUUUCAUGGGCCAGAAUCUUCCUUAACCUCACCUCUCAUACGUGGUUUUGGAAUCUCAUUCAGAAUGAUUUCAAGACUGGGAAUACUGAUUUAGAGGGUUGCAUGAGGCUGCUUGAAAAAAUGCAAAUACCUUUUGAUGAAGACCAUCUAAAACAUAUUUUCAGGAGAACUCUUGACAAACACUUAGGAGACGUAAUUAGCAUGGACGACUUCAGAGCAAUUUAUCGAGCUCUUGUACACAGACCUGAAUAUGAAGAACUAUUCAGGGCUUACUCGUCAGAUGGCGUAAUUCUAACUGACACCCAGCUCAUCAAAUUUCUUGUAAAAGAACAAUUUCAAACUGAAGUUGAUGAAACAACUGCCUUAGAAAUUAUUAUGAAGUAUGAACCCAUUGAUGAAGUGAGGAAGAAAAGGCAGAUGUCAUUUGAAGGAUUUAUAAGGUACAUGCGGUCAGAUGAAUGUUCAAUAUUUAAAAUCCAGCACAGGACCAUCUAUCAAGAUAUGAACCAGCCAUUAUGUGACUAUUUUAUUUCAUCUUCUCACAACACCUACUUGAUAGCUGACCAGCUAAUGGGACCCAGUCAUUUAUGGGGAUAUACCAGUGCUCUUUUAAAAGGAUGUCGUUGCCUGGAAAUUGACUGCUGGGAUGGAACCAACAAUGAACCUAUUGUGUAUCAUGGUCACACUUUAACAAGCAAAAUUCCAUUUCGUUCUGUAAUUCAUGUGAUUGACAAGUAUGCAUUUAUGUCAUCUGCCUAUCCACUUGUACUGUCUUUGGAGAACCACUGCAGCCCUAAACAACAGGAAGUAAUGGCACACUAUUUGAAAAGUAUUCUAGGUGACAAACUUCUUUCUUCACCAAUUGGUGGUGAAGUAGACAUGACUCGACUGCCUUCUCCUGAGGCAUUAAAAUUCAAAGUUCUGAUAAAAAACAAAAAAGCUGGAACAAUUGAGGAAAGCAUGCUCAGGAUGUACGAUGACAAUACUGGUGAGACAGAGGAACUGUCUGACUCUGAAUUUCUGUCUGAGGACGAAGACACAGAUGACACGUUACCUCUUCACCGAUCAAAGAGUUCCACCAAAAGAAGAGCAGAUGGUAGAUCUUCAGCCCCACCUCAAAAAAAACCAAAGGUGAAGAGGGGAAAGAUUGCCCUUGCAUUAUCAGACCUUGUGGUUUAUACCAAAUCUCAGAAGUUUGUGAGCUUUGAGCAUUCCCUGAUGAAUCAGCAGUGCUAUGAAAAUAAUUCGAUUGGAGAGGCUCAAGCACGAAAACUUGUAAGACAUUCAGCUAAAGAUUUUAUUUCACAUACUACAAGAUUUAUUACAAGAAUUUACCCCAAGGGAACAAGAAUGAGCUCUUCAAAUUAUAAUCCUCAAGAGUUCUGGAACGUGGGGUGUCAAAUGGUGGCCUUAAACUUUCAAACACCGGGAACACAAAUGGAAUUGCAAGAUGGAAAAUUCCUGGACAAUGGUGGCUGUGGCUAUGUGCUGAAACCUGAUUUCUUGAGGGAUCGCAAUACAACAUUUACACCCCAAAAUGUGGGACGAUACAGUAAACCAAUGUCUCUGUCAAUAAGGCUGAUCAGUGGCCAUCAGUUACCACCCAGCAGCCUGUCGAAGACCAACAAAGCUGACCCUAAGGUGCAGAUAGAAAUCUUUGGUGUACCAGAGGAUCAAGCAAGAAAGAAAUCUAGUGUUGUAAAAAGCAAUGCUUUGAGCCCUAAAUGGAACGAAACUUUCUCUUUUAACAUCCAAGUUCCAGAACUGGCGAUGAUACGCUUCUGUGUGGAGGAUGAGGUCUCUCUGGUUAACAAUGAAUUCCUUGGCCAAUUCACUUUACCUGUGAUGAGCCUGAAUACAGGUUACCGUAACAUUCCACUGCUGUCCAAAGAAGGCAUCAAGUUGGAAUCUGCAUCGCUGUUUGCUCACAUCUGGUACUAUUAA